AUGAUUGUCAUCGAAGCCGAAGACGAUGAUGAUGAAGUCAUACCUGAAGAAGAAGACAAAACCGAUCAUGAUUCAGAGGUUGAAGAUCUGGUAGCCUGUGCUCCAGACUAUGAUGAAGAUGUGGAGGAUCAAAUGGACAAUGAUGAUCCCAUUAACUCGACUGAAGCCUCCAAUCUUGAUGUUUUCAAAAAUAGUGCUUCCAGGAAGCAUGCGAACGAGCUUAAUAUUCUGAUUAGUAAGGCCAAUUUUGUUUCACGCAGAGUUGCUCGAUCUGCGGCGUGGAGAAGACAUUUCGCUCGAAAAGCAAAAAGUCUAAACUUGAAGUUGUUACCGCUGAUACCAGGAUAUAAUGCGACUCGAUGGAACGCCGAAUUCGACUCACUCAAUCGUUUAGUGCAGGCACGCAAGGUCAGUUGGUGA